ACAAAAGUGGAAUUAGCAACUCCAUCCUGUAAACCGAGUGGCAGCAUUCAAGUUGCUGAGAACUUGGACAUCGAACGAAACGAAGUACAAAGGAUACAGCAUACCGGAAGGAAAUCCUGCAACCUGGUUGAAAAUACUGGACCUAGCAACGCCAGCACCAAUUGCGGACAAAAAACUUUCCAUAAUGAAUCAGACAAUUCUAAUCCUCCUUCUACUUCCGCUCCUAGCCAGCAGUCAUUUUUUCUCUCACCAUCCUUUCGAGAAAUCAAGCGGAAUCUUUUAUAACAAAAAAGGAACAGUACUAAUUGCGAAUUCGAAACUUACAUUGCUUUCAUAUAUGAAUAAAACUCACCUAAAUAACGCAAUUAUGAUUAUCGACAACUAUCUUGUUAAAACCAAAGCUAUUUGUAAUUUGACAUUGCAAGAUCCAACUCGAAAAGGUCAUACUAGUUUUCAUUGUGAACGCACUAUUCAAUUAAUCGAAGCAGAAGUAUUAGAAAUCAAUUCGAAACGUGAAAUCCUUCAACAACUAACUGAGAAAUUGGUUAUCAGGAAAAGACGUGGCCUUCUAAAUGGCAUGUCAUAUUUGUUAAAAUGGGCUUUUGGCACUCCCGACGCUGAUGAUGCCCAAUUCUAUGAAGACAGCAUCAAAACAUUAAUAAAUAAUAACAGGCAAACACAAACUUUGCUUAAGUCACAAGUCCAAGUGAUUACUAACACUAUUAAAAACUUCAACAGCUCCUUGUAUCUUCUUCAGAAUCAAGAGAAAGCAAUGAAUGAAAAUAUAGAAAUAAUCAAUUCAUUUACGGCUCAAACUAAUUCAUAUAUUUCACGUUUACAAAUGGAAUCUACGGUAAACCAACUGGUUACCACUUUAAAUAUGCUAGUAAGUCAAAUUAAUCGAGAAUUCUCAAAAUAUAUAGAAGCUAUUAAUCUGGCUGAACAUAAUAUCGUUUCACCAUUCAUUAUCACUCCUAAGAUCUUAUUUGAAGAAUUAAAAAAUUAUAAAAAUGAACAUGAGUUAAUUAUGAAACCAAAUUUGGAAAAUAUACAUGUUUUUUAUAAAUUUAUUCAACUUCAUGUAAUUUCCACAAACGAUAACAUAAUAUUUGCACUUCAAAUUCCUUUAGUCGUACGAACGAAAUUUGAUCUCUUUGAACUUAUUCCUCUUCCAAUCCAGCACAACGAUUCAAAAUUUUCAUCUUAUAUUAUCCCUCAGAAUCGUUAUCUCCUUUUAUCUCAAACUAAAUCACAAUUUACCUUCCUUAAUGAAUUGUCUAACUGUAACGAAUAUCGAGACGAGGAGUACGUCUGCUAUCACCUGCACACUACAGCUUCAACAAGUCAAGCAAUCUGUGAAAUUGAGCUGCUGUCUCCUCACAUAAAGAAAAUUCCGUCUACCUGUACGACGAAAACAAUCAAGGCAACCAUAGAAACCUGGAAUUACAUUGCAAAAAACCAAUGGAUCUACGUCCUCCAUGAGCCAACUACUCUAACCGUCAUGUGCGAAGAAGGUCAAAAUCACAUGGAAGAUGUGAUUCUUCAGAGAAGUGGAAUCAUUCACCUUCAACCUCGCUGCAAGGGAUAUACUAGUCUCUUUGUGAUUGAAGCCACCCACGAAAUUAGUAAAAAUGCAACCUACUAUGUUCCACGCAUGAACAUUCUGGAUGAUGACUGUUGCAUUCUGACACCUCAUCUAGAGGCAAUCGAAUCGGUUACCUUAAAGCCGAUACACCUUACGAACAUCGAUCUCACAGAACUCAAAUACGCCAACAAGAAAUUAGGUGAAUUUGAUGAGAUCAUUACUAAGCAAAUAAAUCAGCCAUUCAUAGUAACACAUACUAGGUGGUACACUGUUGCCCUUGGAACAAUUGUAGCGCUUCUGGUACUAUUUGUGCUACUAAAGUGCUGUAAAAAUUUCGGAUGUCUCCGCUGGUUACAACGACUAUGCUGUUCGACCACAGAUCCAAUUCGUGGAGAGAUCAACCCACCAUUAAUCAAGAACUUUGUCAACUGCAUCUUCGAUUCAUCAUCAUCAUCAUCUUCAAGACAAUCUACAACGCCGAACAACGAGAUAGUCACUUAUCAACCAAGAAGGGAUCGAGCCGUGGUCAUCAACCCAAUACCUGAGUUGUCGGAAGACGAAGAAACAACCCCUGUAGUUCGAGUCCAGUCACGACAAAGAACGCGAAGAAGUACCACUCCCCUCUAAAAACACAUGUAUCAUUGAUGUCCCUGUAUACUUUUUAUUAUUUUAUAUUAUUUUACUCAUAAUUCCUAUACUCUAAAACAAUCAUUUAAUCUUAUAAAAAAAAAAAAAAAAAAAAAAAAAAAAAAAAAAAAAAAAAAAA